AGGGUUGGUAAGAGCAGCACAACAUAUUUCGCCAUUUGUUUCUCCCAUUUCCCUGAUACUAAGUGACCUUUUACUCAUUCUAGCCUAUCACCUCAACAACAACACGCCGCCUUGCCGCCUUGCUGCCAGCACCUCCGUUGACUUUCAACAAUCUUCACCAUGCAAGCUUCCUUGAUUGCCCCAACUCCCCGCCCCACCAGCAUUCUCCCAUCCACAACUUUCCGACCACUCAUCCCAACUACCCAUAAACCCUACACAUUCUCACCCCGAGCCUCCGCCGCCUCCUCAUCCACAACCGAAACAGUCCCACCACCACCGCAAUCUGUCUCCUCCGUCGACCCAUCAUCAAAACUCAACAAGUUCAGCUCCAGAAUCACCGAACCCAAGUCACAGGGUGGCUCUCAGGCCGUCCUUUACGGCGUAGGUCUCUCCGAUGACGACCUUAAAAAACCCCAAAUUGGUAUUUCAUCUGUUUGGUACGAAGGGAAUACCUGUAAUAUGCACUUACUGAAGCUAGCCGAGGCUGUGAAAGAAGGGGUUCAAGAUGCUGGCAUGAUUGGAUUCAGGUUCAACACUAUUGGGGUUAGUGAUGCCAUUUCAAUGGGGACUAGAGGAAUGUGUUAUAGUCUUCAAUCCAGGGAUUUAAUUGCUGAUAGCAUUGAAACUGUUAUGUCUGCUCAAUGGUAUGAUGCCAAUAUCUCCAUCCCUGGUUGUGACAAAAACAUGCCAGGUACCAUUAUGGCAAUGGGGCGCUUGAACAGACCAAGUAUAAUGAUCUAUGGUGGCACCAUUAAGCCUGGUCAUUUUCAAGGCCACACAUACGAUAUAGUAUCUGCAUUUCAGGUUUAUGGAGAAUAUGUAAGUGGUUCCAUAACUGAUGAACACAGAACAGAUGUGCUUCGUGCUUCUUGCCCAGGGGCAGGGGCAUGUGGAGGAAUGUACACUGCUAACACCAUGGCUUCUGCCAUUGAGGCAAUGGGAAUGUCUCUUCCUUACAGCUCGUCAACACCUGCUGAAGAUCCGUUGAAGUUGGAUGAAUGCCGCUUAGCUGGAAAGUAUAUUCUUGAGUUAUUAAAAAUGGACUUGAAGCCAAAAGACAUAAUUACCCCUAGAUCAAUGCGUAAUGCAAUGGUUACUGUGAUGGCGCUUGGUGGAUCCACUAAUGCUGUAUUACACUUGAUUGCCAUAGCAAGAUCAGUUGGCUUGAGUUUGACUCUUGAUGAUUUUCAGAAGGUUAGUGAUCAAGUUCCAUUUCUUGCGGAUCUUAAACCAAGUGGAAAAUAUGUUAUGGAAGAUGUACAUAAGAUUGGAGGAACACCUGCAAUUCUUCGUUACCUUUUGGAGCUCGGGUAUCUAGAUGGAGAUUGUAUUACAGUCACGGGGAAGACAUUGGCAGAAAAUGCAAAACUUUUCCCUUCUUUAUCCGAAGGGCAGCAAAUCAUAAAAACACCAGAAAACCCGAUAAAGAAAACGGGUCAUCUUCAAAUAUUAUAUGGAAAUCUUGCACCUGAAGGUUCGGUAGCAAAGAUCACAGGAAAAGAAGGGUUAUAUUUCUCUGGUCCUGCAUAUGUCUUUGAGGGGGAGGAAGCCAUGAUUGCAGCCAUCUCUGAAGACCCCAUGAGUUUUAAGGGGAAAGUGGUUGUUAUUAGAGGAGAAGGUCCAAAAGGGGGCCCUGGUAUGCCUGAAAUGCUGACACCAACAAGUGCAAUAAUGGGUGCAGGUCUUGGGAAGGAAUGUGCAUUAUUAACUGAUGGAAGAUUUUCAGGUGGUUCACACGGAUAUGUUGUUGGACACAUUUGCCCUGAAGCUCAGGAAGGUGGUCCAAUUGGUCUAGUGAAAAACGGGGAUGUAAUUACUAUAGACAUCAGCAAGAGGAGAAUGGAUGUUGACUUAACUGAAAAAGAGCUGGAUGAGAGAAGAAAAGCAUGGAAAGCUCCUGCAUAUAAGGCUGAAAGAGGUGUCCUUUACAAGUACAUCAGGAACGUUCAAUCAGCCUCGAAAGGAUGUGUAACUGAUGAGUCAUAGAGGCGAAUUGAGAUUAGGGAAGAAGAUCUAGAGAAUUAUUCCAACUCCGGCUUAUUAUUUAUCUUUGUGUUACAAACAUACUUUUGGUUGUUUUGAGAUUUGAAACUAGAGGAUCUAGACAUUGUGCAAUGGUCCUAGUUAGUUGUAUGUAUCAUGUUCAUUUCAAAUUUUGAAAGCAUUAAAAGAAGUCUUAUAUAAUUCCAAUAAUAAUUUAUGUAA